AAGCACAAUGUGCCAAUAAUGGGAAGUACGACCUGUCACAUGUCACCAAAACAAAAGGCGGGACACACGGAAGUACUCUCCAGAACAAUCGUAGCUGAGCAGUACAAAUAAUAAAGGGAAUUCCCUCGUGCUAGUAGUAGUCCCUGUCGUAUACGUACAUAUUUAGUCCCUCCCGUCAGUUUGAAUUGAAAUCAGCAGCUUAAAAGCAUCCAAAAUUCACAGUACUAAACCAAAUUCCAUAGUCCACACAAAUUUCCAAAGAUUUCUCGUUUGUUUUUUUUCUUUCUGCCGCAAAAAUAUGCCGAAUGGAACGAAGCUGCGCUUUGCCUUGAUCACCGAGGAGGCGCUCGAGAAGUUGCGCCCCAAUCCGGAGCCGAGCAUUCCCAUACGCAGCGCCGUCAAGGAGGUACUCAGCGAGGUGAUGGCCGAGCUAAAUCUUAAUCAGAUGAUCGAGGAUAAGCUCGUGGAGCUGCUGGAGCGUCGGGGCAUUGUCUCCAGCCAGAGUCCCAGCGAAAGCCGCAGCCUGGGCGGCCUUGCCAUCGCCAAGAAGACGUCCAUUCAGGGCAUGCCCAUGGGGGGAUCCCUCUCAUCGGUGUCGACGAGGACCAGCGAAGUUCGCAGGCAGCGGAAGAAGUUGAGGACCAAGUCUCAGACGAUAUUCCUACAGCCCACACAUCGGGAAGUAACCUUCUCACUGCAGGACACCACUUCCAUGCAGCGUGGUGCAGCCGCUGCCACACAUUCUGACGCAACUCGUGAUGCACAUCGGGACUCUCUUGCCGUUGCCACAAAACGAGCAGCAGACGCCAUGUAUCGGGACAUGGACUCCAACCAAAGACGAGCCGAAUCGAAGUCCCAUUCCUAUCGCAAAUUCCUAUCCUUCGAUCAACAGCAGCAGCAGCACGAGCACGUGCGCCGCAAGUCGCAGCGCAGAAAGUUGCACCAGAGCUGAGUAAAAAUUCCAAAUUAUUCCUAACAAAAAGGGUGUGGACUAUACACAUAUUUA